CGUACAUCAUGUCGACCAAGAACGUGGUACGAAGGACGAAAUCCAGCAAUCUGAAAUAUCGCGGCGACUCCAGAUUUCCACCGGGUAUAUACACGAUCCAUCUACCGUCGACGUGCGAGCAUACACUUGGAAAUAGGCCGAUUCAUCUGAAAAGAAGUAGUGCGUAUGAAGGAAAAGAGAUCGGGAAAAUAAGGGAUAAGAGCGGCACAAGGAAAUAUUUGAUUCCUUCGAAGGAGCCUAUGGUCUACCCAAAAAUCAUGACAAGAAAGGAAUACGAAGACCUAAAGGAACGCAGCCACGUGAUCACAAAGGAGGAGAGACAAACGGCCGUAGAAACCGCGGAGAAAGAGAAGGAGAGACUGAUGAAAGAGAGCUUGGCACGGAAAGAGGCAAUUCGCGUUAUGGACUUGAAAAAGGAUCGUGAGAAGGAUCCAAGAACGAGAGAGAUCGAGGAGGAGGCGAAGAAAAGGACAAUGCACAUCCUCGAGCGGGCGUACAACAUGCGUUUAGAUCAAGAGGAGGAGAUACAGAAGUGCAAUCGUUUCAUCUUGGCAACCAAAUGCCGAGCUAUCCGCGAUGCUCAAAUCGCAGAAAAGAAAUUGAUAGGACAAGAACUUCUCGAGGAGGAGAAACGAUUGAAUGACAUGAUAGAAGAAGAGAGGAGAUGGGCAAUCAAAGAAGAGUCGCGAAAGGAAGAAGAAGAGGCGGCCAAAAGGCUACAAUUCACUAAGAUUUUGAAAGAACAGAUCAUAGAAAACGAGGAACAACGAAUCCUCGAAUUUGAGAAAAAGCAGGAAGAAAGCCGACUUAUCAAUUUAAAUAAUAUCGCGUGGCAGCAAGAUGAGAUCGAAAAGCUACGCAACAAGGAGAUUGAAAACGCAAAGGUGCGACAGGAACUUGCAGAAGGGAACGAACAAUUGAAACAUUUUAAAGCUAUGGAAGAGGAAGAAAACAGAAUUAUAGAUUUAAGGAUACAGAACUAUCAUCGACUAAAAGAAGAGAGAGAGAUAAAAAAAGCGGAAGAGCAGAGAUUAGAAAGAUUGAAAAAGGAACGAGAGAAAAUCAGAAUAGGGAUGCAAGCGGUGCAAGCAUACGAGCUUCAGGCGCAAAUUGAUGAAAUCAACGCAGCUCGAGUUCAGGAAGAGGUAGAACGAGAAUGGAGACGGAAAGAGAAGGAAAAAGCUUUAAAGAAAUUGGAAGCUCGAAGAAUUCUUCAGAAAGAAAGAGAGGAACAAGUAAACAAUAAGCGAAUAAUGCAAGCUAUCGAAAUCGAACGAGAGAGGCGAGAAUUUGAGAGGAUUGUACGUGUACAACAAGCAGCUUUUUAUAAAGAAAAGAAGGAACUCGAACAAAAGCAGCAACAGGCUUUAAUUCAUCGCAGUGAAAUAUUAAAACAGGUAAAUGAAAAAGAACGAGAACGCAUUGUUCAGCGGCAAAAAGUGUUCGAAGAAGGCCUGGCAAUACGUACUAAAACUGCAAUGCGUAAGAAGAAAUUACAAGAUGCGAUGGAAAGAAAAUGCCAACAAAUGAGAGAAAACAAAGUUCCCGAAAUUUAUAUUAAUGAAGUGAAACGAAUGAUUGAAACUAUUGAAUGAAUUAUUUCAUCAAGCUAAGAAAUAAAUAUAAGAUU